GAUUUCAACUGAUAGUAUCUUGUGAUAAAGAAGAUUCGGAUGUUUCAGGUUUUGCUAAUGAUUCAGAACUUGUCGAGCUAUGUUCUAGUUCGGACUCAUCUCUUAUUUCGGAAGAAAUAGUACUCCGGGUAUUUAAUAAUAAUUCUGAACAAGCCGUAGACUGCAAAAUAUCUUUU